CUCGGGGAUGAGAGUGACUCCUCCCCCGCAUGUCCGCGGCUCGCCGAGGGUUACACUUCCUCGAGUGGAGCGGAGCCGGACUUUUUUAUUAUUAUUAUUUAAAAAAAAAAAUCGUUUUCAUGUGUAUGUUGUGUUGAAGUCUGAGUUGUCGGUAUGUUGACCUUGUCGGAAGUCGCGGUUGUCCUGGCAGCGCUGUGCGCCACCGCGUCCGGUUACUUCGUCAGCGUUGAUGCGCACGCGGAGGAGUGCUUUUACGAGCGCGUGAACUCGGGCACUAAGAUGGGCCUCAUGUUCGAGGUGGCUGAGGGCGGCUUCCUGGACAUCGACGUGGAGAUCACAGGUCCAGAUGGGAAGCAGAUCUAUAAAGGAGACCGAGAGUCCAGCGGGAAGUACUCUGUGGCUGCGCACAUGGACGGCACUUACAAGUUCUGCUUCAGCAACAAGAUGUCCACCAUGACCCCCAAGAUCGUCAUGUUCACUAUCGAUAUCGGCGAGGCGCCAAAGGGCGACGGCAUGGAGACAGAGGUUGGUGGUGGCACCUGGGAUGCGCACCAAAACAAACUGGAGGAGAUGAUUAACGAGCUGGCUGUGGCCAUGACGGCGGUCAAACACGAGCAGGAGUACAUGGAGGUCCGUGAGAGGAUACACCGAGCAAUCAAUGACAACACGAACAGUCGCGUGGUGCUCUGGUCGUUCUUCGAGGCACUGGUGCUGGUGGCCAUGACCCUGGGACAGAUUUAUUACCUGAAGAGGUUUUUUGAAGUGCGGCGAGUCGUUUAAUUCACAAUUUGUAGCGGUUUUUGUAUUCCAAAGUGUCUCGCCGUUCUUUGGACUUGUUUGGAGAAUAAAGACAAACCAUUGGGAAAAAAAAAAUGGGAAGAUGACCACGUCCUAGUCAAUGACUAGAAAUGGCUCGACCUGUGAAGGCUGUGAACGCACUCUACUGUUCCAUUCAUGGUCCUGUUUAAUAAUAUAUUUUGUAUUUGCGUAAAGGUGCAAUGAUUGAAAGAUUUUCUGAGAAUGUUGGACUCGAUACGAGGUCAAACUUUCACCGACUGAUUGGCUACAUGUAUGAGGUCGAGUCAAAUGAAAAAUGGUGAAAGUGCGACGUCUUUUUUUUUCUUCUCUUCUCCCCCCCUAGAGGAAUCCGGACACUUCAUUUAAUGAAAUGGAGAUUGUGUAGAAAAAUUAUGUAUUUUGUGACAACUAUUUGCAAUACACAAUGCAAAUUUUUUUAAAAAGUAAACUUUUCAUUUGACUCACCCUCAUAGUAUUUGGGGGGGGGGGAGAAAUUCAUGGAAAAAAUAUUCAAUUAGUGCACCUUUUUAAAAUACAUUUUAAAGAUAUCAGGAAUAUCCCAAAAGAUAACAAAUUUGACCUAUGUUUAAAAGAUUUUCUUUUUUUUUUUUUUUUUAAAUCAGAAACAUUAUUCAUGUGUUGGGCUUUAAGGCAAAUAGAUAAAUGAGAGUUGUGUUCCCCGAUUCUUGCCGUUCUCACAAAUGCUUCUUCCCUGUGACGCACUGCACAAAUUCGCAAAUUAGAGACGCAACAGGAGUCAGUAUGUGUUGAUUUGUUUCAUGUGGUGGUGGAGUCGGUGGUCAGGGUUGGCUUUUAUUAAUAUUUGUUAUGUUAUAAUCUUCAUACUGCCCUCUACACCAACCGGGUAUAAAUCAGGAGUUCCUUUGCCACCUCACGUCAGUGGAGUUAGCAAGAUACAACAAUGUCUUUUUUUUUUUUUUUUUUUUUUGUACUUCCCUUCUAAGUAAAGCAUGUUUUGAAAAUGGUUUAAAUCGAUAAAUUAUGUGUUUUAAACAUCAAGUCAGCUUCAAUUUUUAGUUCUCCAGAUGUGUCAGUUGUUUUGACUGAAGCUCAUUUACAGACUGCUUUGUCUGUCAUUUGAAAUAAACUUCAACUCCUGUGUACAAAAUAAACGUUCCUCAGGGUUUGGUAUUCAGACCUAUUACGUAGAUAAGACGCCUCAACUUAAGGCUGCUCUCCACAGUUAUCAAUCAUGGAGACUCCUAUUUUCUUUUCAUUAAAGGAAACUCUGUAAGGGUUGGUGUUCUGAGCUAAUGAUUGUGUGGUUGUCAGUUCAAAUUAAAGGUGUGACUUGUCUGUU